AUGUCUAAAGAAGCUAUCGAGAAAGUUCAGAAGCUCAUUGCUUCCCACAAGGUCUUCGUUGCCUCUAAGACCUAUUGUCCAUACUGUUCGGCUGCCAAGAAGACUCUGAGUUCGAUCGUCAAAAACGACCUGUUUGUUCUAGAGCUCAACACCAUUGACGAUGGUGACGAAAUCCAGGAUGCUCUUCAGGAGAUUACGGGACAAAGAACCGUGCCAAACAUCUUCAUUGGCGGCGAGCACAUUGGAGGUAACUCCGACCUGCAAUCUCUGGGCGAAUCCAAGUUGAAGGAGAAGUUGAAAAAGGUUGGUGCUAUUUAG